AUGUUUCGUUUAACGAAAGUCACUGUUCUUAUGAUUUAUUUUUGUUUCGCUAGUGGCACUUCCAUUUGUGGACAGUUCAAGACAUGUAGUUCGUGUAUAAGCUACGCUUCGGAGAGGUGCGUCUGGUGUAGCGAGGCUGAAACAAAACACACUAGAUGUCAACCUGAAAUCUUCGCAAGCGACCAAACUUGGUGCAACAGUUCUUUUAUUUACAACCCUAAAUUUGAAAAGUUUGAAGAACAACACGUGCCCUAUCAAAGUGUUGAUGAUCACGGCAGAAAGACGAUCGUCACACCGGGUCACAUCAAAAUUAAAGUACGACCUGGUGUUCCAGUCGAUUUUAAAAUGCUUUAUAAACCUAUAGAGCAUUUCCCGCUCGAUGUUUAUUUUCUCAUGGAUAACUCUUAUACUAUGAGACAAUUUCAGAACGAACUAAAAUCACAGGCUAUUAAUAUUUUGAAAGAAUUAAGUGCUUUCACAAAGAAUGUUCGAUUGGGAUUCGGAACCUUUGUAGAAAAACCAGUUUAUCCAUAUUACGAUAAAAACAGAUACCAAAAGUCCAUACCGUUUGAAAAUGUAUUAUCCUUAACGGCAGACAUAUCGAAAUUGAACAACACAGUUCGCCAAAUCGAUUUUGGUUCAAAUUUCGAUGACCAAGAAGCUGGCUUAGAUGCUCUGAUGCAGGUUAUGACCUGCACCAAAGAAAUAGGGUGGCGAACAGAAGCAAGACGUAUUAUAGUACUCUUCACUGACGCGCCGUAUCAUAGUAUGGGAGACGGUAAAAUGAUCGGCAUAUUAAAACCGAAUGAUAUGGAAUGCCACCUAAAAGAUAAUAUUUAUGACGAUACAGCAACGACACAAGAUUACCCGUCUGUAAGCCAGAUAAAUAAAGUAGCAACAGAAAGAAAUUUCAAAAUCAUAUUUGCUACUAUUGAAAGGGUAUCCGAGGUUUACAAAGAAUUGUCAAAUGCAAUACUAGGAUCAGAAACAGCAAUUUUAAUUAAAAAAGAGGAAGGGGAGUCAAAUAUUGUGCCUAUAAUUAAAACUGCCUAUUUGGAAGCCGAAAGUGUUGUAAGGCUAGUAUCUGAUUUUCCAAGUUCAGUUAAUGUCAAGUAUAGUCCGGAUUGCAAUGAAAUUGAAAAGAAAAAUUGCAGAAGUACACAUUUAAAUCCCAUUGUAGAAAUAAAUGUUACAAUAGUUGCUGGAUCGUGUCUCGAUGGAAAUUCUUCUAGAGUCUUUAAAAUAAGUCCGCAUGGUCUUCAUGAUAUUGACGUAGGUGUUGAGUUAGAGGUUGACUGUCAAUGUGAAUGCGAGAAGGUAAAAAAAGAGAAGAGUCCCGUUUGUUUUAAUGCUGCGUAUUUAUUGUGCGGUGUAUGCAUCUGUGACAGUGACAGUAAGGGAUCAAACGUGGCCGAAGAUUUGGAAAGCCCUCACUGUAGAUAUCAUGGACAAUACGUUUGCGGCCGUUGUAUUUGUAAGCCCGGAUAUUCAGGUGACACGUGCGAAUAUGAUGAUAAUUUGUGUAUGAGUAACUGCAAAAAGGGAACAUGCUAUAUGGGUAAAUGUAAUUGUCAAGAGGGCUGGUCGCCUCCGAACUGUAUGUGUCCUGUAAGCAACAAAGAUUGCAUAGCGCCGUGGUCAGACGAGAAUGAGGUUUGCUUCGGCAACGGGGAAUGUAAAUGUGGAGAAUGUUCCUGUGAUAAAGUUAGCGGCAAAAAUGAAUCGUAUUUCGGCACAUUCUGCGACUUAUGCACUGAUUGCGCCGCAAAAUACUGUAAAAAAUAUGAAGACUACGUAUAUUGUAAUUACUUGAACGAAAAGGCGUUUUGUGAUCAAUCAUUCUUGAACGGAAAGGACACGGUUGUUAAGAUUGUUAAUUCAACGGAAAUCAUAAAUGAUAACAUUCAAAAGGCUACUUGGUGUGCCAAGCUAUUGGAUAACGGAACAUCGAUUGUGUUCAAAUACCACCACGAGGACAAUAAACUUUUUUUGACUAUACAAAAGGAAAAGCAGAUACCGCCUAAAGCUAAUUUAUAUAUUGUUGUGGGUAGUGUGAUCUCUGCUAUUGUAUUGAUUGGCUUGCUGACUCUCAUCGGAUGGAAGGUUUUAACAGAUAUCUACGAUCAAAGGGAAUACAGGAAAGUGGAAGAAGCGGCCAAAGCCGCCGGCUUUGAUGUUUCAAAUCCUUGUUACGAAAACCCGACUACAGAAUUUCCGAACCCAUCUUACAGACCUACGAAAUA